AGAAAAAAAAAAAGUGAAACGAAGUAAAUUAAAAGCUGGAUGAAAGCGAGGUGAUUUGGGCAUUAAUGUGUUCGAGUGGAACUGAGAAUGAGCCGCAGAGAAUUGAGUUCCGAUUAAAACAAAUUAAGCUGGAUGGAACUGAGUCCGGAAGGAAUUAAAUCAAGUUGACGGGACUUGUGUUUAACCAGAAUCGGAAUUAGUAUACAUAAACUGAAUCAAAAUCGAAGUGAGUCGAGUCGAGUAGAAGUGAAUAAAAAAUCUUAGAAAUUCAUGAUGAAAUCUGAAUGAAAAUGAAUGCAAAUAAAUGAUUUCAUGUACUAAAGGAUGAACACUGGCCUGAGAAAGCGGUGAAAAGUUUGGUAAAGAAACUCAAGAAAUCGAAAGCUAUCGAUGAAUUGGAAAAAGCGAUUUCGACGGAAGAUCCAAACACUGAUUGUGUUUGUAUCCCACGAUCGUUGGACGGCCGAUUGCAGGUAUCACAACGUAAAUGCUUGCCUCAUGUUAUCUGCUGUCGAAUGUGGCGUUAUCCAGAACUUGCUUCUUCUCAUCAGUUGAAAUCUGUCUCACACUGUCGUUUUCCAUACAGCAAGAAAAUGGAAUCAGUUUGUGUUAACCCCUAUCAUUAUGAAAAAAUCGAGAAUCCUCGGUUACCUGCUAUUCUUAUACCGCGAAAUGACAAUUUAAAUGGAACUGGCAGCCUUUCUAAUGUUGGUGAUCUUUCGAAAGCUCUUCGAACUGUUUAUCCAGCAGUAGAUACAAAUGAGAUGAUGACACAGAGUAUUCCGAAUCGUACUGUAACUAAUGGUGAUGAAGUGGGAUGGCAGAAUUGUCGCAGUUCCCCAACGAUUUCAUCACCGAAUAUGAGCGAUCCUGCUGCAAUUUCUCCGCGUGGUUAUAUGAGCGAAGAUUUGGAAAUGGACGAGGGACAAAGUCCGGAUUCAUCGCAAAUAUUUUCAUCAGCUUGUGAUUCCUCUACCACUGAACGAGCCAAUAAUUUAAAUUUAAUUGCCGUCGAAUAUUGUGAACCACCGUUUUGGUGUUCCGUGUCGUAUUAUGAGUUGUCAGAACGAGUCGGUGAAACGUUUCAUGCAUCACAACCGUCUUUGAUUGUUGACGGAUAUACCGCGCCUUCUGAUGCGGAACGUUUUUGUCUUGGUCAACUUUCCAAUGUUAAUCGUACUGCUAGUGUCAUGGAAGCUCGAAAACAUAUCGGUCGCGGUGCUCGUUUCUAUUAUAUAGGUAGUGAGGUGUUCUGUGAAUGUUUAAGUGAUUCGGCGAUAUUUGUACAAAGUCCUAAUUGUAAUCAGCGGCAUGGUUGGCAUCCGGCUACAGUGUGUAAAAUUCCGCCAAAUUGCAACUUGAAAAUUUUUAACAAUGCCGAAUUUGCUGCAUUACUAGCUGCAUCAGUUCCGCAAGGUUUCGAAGCUGUUUAUGCUCUUACUCGAAUGUGCACUAUUCGAGUAUCUUUCGUCAAAGGAUGGGGUGCGGAGUACCGUCGUCAAACGAUCACGGCUACACCAUGUUGGGUCGAAGCUUAUCUUAAUGGCCCAUUACAAUGGCUAGACAGUGUUUUGAAGCAGAUGGGCAGUCCACCAAAUCGAUGCACAAGCUUCACAUAGUGGAUACUUUUCACGUUUCAGAUUUCUUAUGUAAGCAAGAGAAAACGGAUUGAAGCGAUUCACACUAAAGGGCUUGUAUAAUCUUCUUCAUUUUUUGGUUUUAAAUUUGUUGAUUUUAAUAAUGAAUUAGACACAAG